CAGGUUCAGUUCUGCAAAGCGGUCGGCUCAAGAGGAGUGCGGAGGGGGUCGUCAGGGAGAUGCUUUCGGCUCAAACGGCACAGGCCCGAAAAUGUGUGCGCCCGAGCGUGUGUUAGGGAAAACCACGUGACAGGACAGGAAAAGGCGGCAGCCGAGCGAGGGUAGUGUCAGAGCCCAGACAGACUGGGACAGAGGCGGCGGGAGCAAAAGCAGCAGGAGGAGCUGGAGAUCGGAGCUUGGCAGUUCCCCGGGUCUCCAGCGCCGCAUACGGGGUGAGAGUGGAAGGGAAGAGGAGGAGAGGGCUUGCACCGAAGCCGAUCCGGAGCCGGGACCUGGGAGCCUGGCGAAUGUAACUUCGGACUAGUUUAGUUCCAAGGAAGCCAAGGGGCGGCCAACUUGGGCUUCCUCGAAGGCAUGGCGCGGCCAGGCUCCCCGUCAGCACGACCUGGGCAGCGGCUCUCUUGAGCGCUUCUAUGGGGGAUCGCUCGUCUGCCGGGAGCAGCAGCGGGCCCCAGCAGCGCCCGGCCCCCUGCGUAGCCGAGCCCUGAUGGAGCCGGAGGACAGGAAGAUCUCGGUGUGGAUCUGCCAGGAGGAGAAGUUGAUCUCGGGGCUCUCCAGGCGCACCACUUGCUCGGAUGUGGUGCGGGUGCUCUUGGACGACAGCAAGCAGCGGCGGCGGCAGGGGCCCCAACAGCCGGAGGAGCAGAAGCAGCAGCAGCCACCGCAGCAGCUGGCCUCGCUGCAGGAGUGCGGCGGGGGGAUGUUGUCGGGCCCCCCGCAGUCGUACUGCAUAGUGGAGAAGUGGCGCGGCUUCGAGAGGAUCCUGCCCAACAAGACCAAGAUCCUGCGGCUCUGGGCGGCUUGGGGGGACGAGCAGGAGAACGUGCGCUUCGUGCUGGUGCGCAGCGAGGCGUCCCUGCCCAACACCGGGCCCAGGAGCGCCGAGGCCCGGGUGGUGCCCAGCAAGGAGAGCCCCGGCCAUCAUGGCCUGGGGGCCGCAGCCCGGGCUAGCCUGGCUCUGAGCCAGGAGCGGCAGCGCCGCGUGGUGCGCAAAGCCUUUCGCAAGCUGGCCAAGAUCAACAAGCGGAGGGGCCCGCAGCCGCCCGAGGAGCCGCCGGCUAAGGAGGCGUCGGCGGGGGAGAGGAUGGAGACCCUGGUGCACCUGGUUCUCUCGCAGGAUCACACCAUCCGCCAGCAGGUCAAGCGCAUCCGUGAGCUGGACCGGGAGAUCGACCGCUAUGAGGCCAAGAUUCACUUCGACCGCAUGAAGCGCCACGGGGUGAAUUACGUGCAGGACACUUACUUGGUCGGCGGCGAGCCGGAGCCCCCCGAGGAGGCGGAGGAGCCGCCCCCGGGGGAGGCGGCGGUGGCGAGUGGCGGCUGCAGCGGGGAGGAGGUGGCGGAGUACGCCCGGCAGUGCGAGCAGGUGGCGCGGCUGCAGGAGCAGUGGCGCCGCCAGGAGGAGCUGCUGGAGCAGCUGGCGGGCGAGAUCCAGCAGGAGCUGAACGAGCGCUGGAUGAAGCGGCGCCGGGAGGAGCUGGCGGCCGCCAAGGGCUCCAGCACCAGCCUCUCCGAGACGGACUGCAACACCACCGAGCUGAUCGGCGGCGGCGGGGGCGGCGGCGGGGAGUUGCACGUGGAGCAGGAGCGCGUCAAGACCCAACUGAGCACCAGCCUCUACAUCGGCCUGCGUCUCAGCACCGACCUGGAGGCGGUCAAGGCGGACCUGGAGUCCACGCAGCGCGCCUGGGACGACAAGGAGCGGGAGCUGCAGCAUCUGCUCGACCACCUCCAGGCUCUGGAAGUGGAGCCGGAGGAGGCCGCCCCGUCCCCUCCGCUGACCGAGGACGCCGGGCUCCCCGAUGCAGCAGCGCCCGUCGGCUCGGAGGUCUGGGGAGAGCCGGCCGUCCAGGGCUUGGGCAAAGGCUGCGAGGAGAACGACGAGGACUCCGACACGGGCUUGAGCUCCAUGCACAGCCAAGACUCGGACUCCUUGCCCGUCUGCGAGUCCCUCGUAUAACAGAAGCCCCCGCCUGCCCAGGCCACCGUCUCAGGGACCACCGCACACCUGUGCUUCCCUCUCAGUUUUGCCCGUCCGUGCAAUAAGCCCCUCCCUUUGGGAUGAAGAAUGACUUGAUUUUCUCUUUUUUAAAUGACCCAGUGAGUGUGUUUUCAUUAUGACGAAACAAAACAGCGGUUAAUUUUGCACCACUUUGUAGUCGACUUAUUAUGCUCAUCAGUUACCUCCUGGGAAGGAUUACAUAAGUCCCUACAGAAAGUUCUGGAUUCUUUAAUUUAAAAAGAUUGCACCCUAUAUUUUUUAACUCAUAAAGAAAAUAAAAGAAAUCAGCUUCAUUGUGA